AAAAGAGAGGCUGAGUGCGAAAAUAAAGAAAAUGAAUGUGAUUUCAAGAUUAAGAGAUCCUCUUACAGUUGGGCGUGUGAUUGGAGAUGUAGUUGACCCCUUUAGUCGGUCCAUCUCUCUGCGUGUUCGUUACUGCAACAAAGAGGUUAACAAUGGCUAUGAACUGAAACCUUCUCAAAUCAUCACCCAGCCUAGGGUUGAUGUUGGUGGUCAUGAUUUACGAACCUUCUUUACUUUGGUAAUGGUGGAUCCAGACGCUCCUAGCCCAAGUGACCCGAAUCUCAGAGAAUACUUGCAUUGGAUGGUGACUGAUAUUCCAGCAACUACAGGGGCAAGCUUCGGGCAAGAGAUUGUCUGCUACGAAAGCCCGAGACCAUUCGUAGGGAUUCAUCGGUUCGUGUUCGUGUUGUUUAGGCAAUUGGGAAGACAAACUGUGUAUGCACCAGGUUGGCGUCAGAACUUCAACACCAGAGACUUUGCUGAGCUUUACAAUUUGGGUUCACCGGUGGCCGCUCUUUACUUUAAUUGCCAGCGUCAGAAUGGCUGCGGUGGUCGCCGCCUUUAACAUUCUAUCUUACAGUGUUAUAAUUUAUUUAUUGCCUCAAUUUGAUGUAGUCUCUAUUUUUCCAUCUAUUUCACUUAUUAAGAACAAAUGUAACAACGUUGGUUAACCAAUGAAUGAAAGAAAAGAAUUUUUUUUUUUGAAAACAAGGGAGAGGCCAAGGUCAAAAGAGAGCUAAAGCAAUCUACACAUACGGGGCAAAGAAACACCCGCAAUUUCAUCUAAAACGUAAUCAGCAAUUCCAGAAGGAAUGGUCUCAUGAAUAACCCGUCACACAUCAUGACGAAAACCAUGGCUAGUCAUACGAUCAGCGCAUCGAUUGCCUUCG